GAAAUUUGCAAGGGAUAAGUAUCUAACGUGUUCUUUUUAUUUCCCAUCACAGUUUUUCUGAUCUCUAUUCAUACUGAAGAAAAUCAGUCAUACAACGGCUAUGAAGCUUCAUCUUGUUACUCGGGCCGUUUUCAUGGCGAGGCCUUUCCUCAAACACUUUGCAACCACAAGAGCCUCCUCCUCUUCCUACUCCACUUUGGCAUCAUCCUCUGCAACCAAAUGGGAUGGAGGCGUUUCAUUGGUUCAAGGAGCCUCCCGAGGCAUCGGUCUAGAAUUCGUAAAACAGCUGUUAGAGAAAAAUGAAAGAGGGCACGUUGUUGCAACAUGCCGUAGUCCAAAUGAGUCAAUUGGACUUAAGGAGCUGAAAAGUAAAUUUGCUCAAAGGCUUGACAUUCUGCGGUUAGAUCUCACCAUUGAAAGCACUAUAGAGGAAACCGCUGAUGCUGUGAGAGACAAAUAUGGAUCUUUAAACCUUCUCAUCAACGCAUCCGGCAUCUUGUCUAUACCUGAUGUACUGCAUCCAGAGACAACAUUGAGCAAGGUGCAGAGGUCAUCCUUACUUCUUGCAUAUGAAAUCAAUGCUAUUGGUCCCAUCUUAGUUACGAAGCACUUAUGGCCUCUGCUAAAGGUUGGAGGAGGCUUGGGGACUGGCAGAGAUGUUGCUAUAGUUGCCAAUCUAAGUGCCAGAGUAGGAUCAAUAGGAGAUAAUGGACUUGGAGGGUGGCAUUCGUAUCGUGCAUCAAAGGCUGCACUGAAUCAGCGACUAAGCUGAAGUAUGUUUCUGCGUGUUGAAGCAUAUAUCCAAGUCAAAGUUAUUGUUCUGCACUUGCCAAGAUAUUCAAAGUGAAUAGUACCUCAUUUUCCACAUAUCUCUUACAACAAAAACAAAACGUUCCAUUUGUUUCUCCAUACUUCUCAGAAAGAGGACUAAUGAUCUGGAAGGUCAAAAGUGUGAAUCCACUUCUUACAGUUGAUAUCUGUUCUAAAAGAAGCUUCUUGAAUUAAUAGACAACCAGUGAAGUAUGGAAACACAGUAUGGCUGUAUUUUUGUCUACAAGUUAUGAUUUAAAAAAGACCCUGAAUUACUUUGAUUUUAAGGAUCAUUGUCGGUGUAUGAAUUUUCCUGCUGGUGUGUGUCCUUGUGAUUCUUUUAUCCUGUAUAAAUGUUAAGCACGAUAUAAAAGUGACAUUCUAGUUUUACCCUUUCGUUAGCCGCAUUGCUUUUUAUCUUCUUUAGACCUUGAAUGUGCAGAUCAUAUUGAACAAGUCUCGAGCUGUAAUCUAAAUUUUGUUUCUGUCGCAUUUCCGGUAGGCCCUGUCCUUGAGUUUCUUUUGAACACUGAGCAACUGAGAAAAACUCUCCAAGUGUAGAUUAUCACAGGGAAAUGUUUGUUCCACUUUGUUUCAGUGAGACCCAAUGAUCCUUUUAAACAGUAACCUAACCUCUUUCAUUGUUCAUCUUUUGCACAUAAUGGGUCAUGAGCAGCUUUCUGGAUAGAUGCUGUGUUCUAAUCUCCGAGUUUUAGUCUGUAUAGUUUUUUUUAUCGAUACCUAAUAACAAUCCACAAGAUGUGGACUCUCCAAUAGGAUUCCCUAUUUACUUUUCAAAUGGUUCAUAUUUCAUACAAAUUGCUCUAAAUUUCUUGCUUAUGAUACUUGACAGUCACAAAGACGGCAGCUGUAGAAUUUGCGAGGAAGAAAGACCCGGUUAUAUGCUUGCUAUUGCAUCCAGGCACAGUGGAUACAGAUCUAUCGAGACCAUUUCAAAGAAACGUUUCCAAAGAUAAGCUCUUUACCAAAGAGUUCUCAGUGCAGAAACUAUUGAGCAUCAUCAACAAUGCCAAGAGCUCUGACAAUGGUAAAUUUUUCGCGUGGGAUGGUUCGGAAAUUCCCUGGUGAUAUGGGUUGUUAAACUAGAAUCCAGGAUACAGAGUACCUUGUGAAUCAAACUUACUUGAGCGUGAGAGGAGACUCUAGUUUCAAGCCUUUUCUUCUUUCUUGCAUUGAUCAUAAUUUAAUUAAUACUAUGUCAAUAAGCAUCUCAGUUGGAAGAAACCACUGAUCAAGUCUUUUAAAAAUUUAUUUUGUUGAUUACCAAUAUAUGCUGGCAAGAAUAGCCCGCACCAGAAAUGCUCUUUCUCCAAAUUAGCAUACCCAG